CCUUUUGGCAUCCCGGAGAUGGUCCAAAGUGAUUCCUCUGGGAAGAAUAGAGCGCGAAUCGACCCUGAGCAGCAGCAGCAGCAGCAGCAGCAGCAGCAGCUGACGCCGAGCGGAGCCGCCGUUGCCCAGGACAGCCUCUUAAUUGCGGGUAGUCUUCCGUUUCAUCAACGUGAACGGAGACGACUCCGCGGAUUGAAAGAAUCUCCUUGUUUUUUUGUUUUUUUUUGUUGUAUUUUUGCUUUCCUCCUCCGCCACCGUGGACUGUUUGUUGCAGAAAGUGACAUUUUGCUCGCGUGUUUGUCGGUUGCACCUUGAUCCGGGGUUACUGUCGCCAACUCCGUGCCGCCUCUCAUCCGGCGCGUCCCCCCUUUCAUCGCUCUCAGCGUUGUUCAUCUUCACAGCUGCUGUUUUCCCUCAGCUCCGUCUCUCCUUUUCAUUUGUUUUCGUGGAGUUUGCUGACAUGAGGUGCAGCUAACCCAGUGGAUGCCGACAGCUCCUUCUCUUCCACCCGCCGCAUGUCGCAUGUCUCUUGUUUACUUUGACAAACACGCGCAACUAAACGCCAAGUGAAAUAGACCACGCCGCUUUGCUCCUCUGACAGCGCGAUCAAACGGACGCAAGAGGAGGGGAAGGCAGCGGAGGAAGAAGAAAAUAAGGAGGGAGCCCGGGAGAGGAGGAUCGAGAGAGAGAGAGAGAGAGGCAGGAGAGAAAGCGUGAGAGAGAGAGAGAGAGGGAGACAACGACAGCGUGAAGGUGACGUUUUGAUGUUUGGCAUCCACGAGAGCAUCCAGCGGAGUGGGAGUAGUAUGAAAGAAGAGCCCAUGGUGGCCGGGAUGAACGCGGUUCGGACAUGGAUGCAGGGCGCCGGAGUGCUGGACUCCAACACAGCCGCCCAGAGUGGAGUGGGUCUUGCGCGGGCACACUUCGAGAAACAGCCGCCCUCCAACCUUCGCAAGUCCAACUUCUUCCACUUCGUCCUGGCUCUGUACGACAGACAAGGCCAGCCGGUGGAAAUAGAGAGAACCACCUACAUUGACUUUGUAGAGAAGGAAAAGGAAACGACGGGGGAAAAGACAAACAAUGGGAUCCAUUAUAGACUUCAGCUCCUCUACAGUAACGGAAUCAGGACCGAGCAGGACUUGUAUGUCCGUCUCAUUGACUCUAUGACUAAACAGGCGAUUAUCUACGAGGGCCAGGAUAAAAACCCCGAGAUGUGUCGGGUCCUUCUGACCCAUGAGAUCAUGUGCAGCCGAUGCUGCGAUAAGAAGAGCUGCGGCAACAGGAACGAGACCCCAUCAGACCCUGUCAUCAUCGACAGGUUCUUCCUCAAGUUCUUCCUGAAGUGCAACCAGAACUGCCUGAAGAAUGCGGGGAACCCUCGAGACAUGAGGCGUUUUCAGGUGGUUGUGUCCACCACGGUGAGCGUGGAGGGUCACGUCCUGGCCGUCUCCGACAACAUGUUCGUGCACAACAACUCCAAACACGGGCGCCGAGCUCGCCGCCUGGACCCGUCGGAAGGAGCCCCUUCCUACCUGGAACACGCAACCCCCAGCAUCAAAGCCAUCAGCCCCAGUGAAGGUUGGACCACAGGGGGCGCUACUGUCAUCAUCAUCGGGGACAACUUCUUUGACGGGCUGCAGGUCAUCUUUGGAACCAUGCUGGUCUGGAGUGAGCUGAUCACCCCCCACGCCAUCCGUGUGCAAACUCCGCCCAGACAUAUCCCCGGGGUGGUGGAGGUCACGCUGUCCUACAAAUCCAAACAGUUCUGCAAAGGCACACCUGGACGCUUCAUCUACACAGCGCUGAACGAGCCAACCAUAGACUACGGCUUCCAGAGGUUACAGAAGGUCAUCCCGAGACACCCCGGAGACCAAGAGAGAUUACCCAAGGAGGUGAUCUUAAAGAGAGCCGCAGACCUGGUGGAGGCUUUGUACGGGAUGCCUCACAAUAACCAGGAGAUGAUUCUGAAACGAGCAGCAGACAUCGCAGAGGCCCUCUACACAACAGUGCCGCGAGGGCACAACCAGCUAGCCGGCCUCGGCAGCGGCUCCGUCCACGCUGGCAUGAUGGCCGUAAACUCCUUCACGGGGUCAGAGGUGGCCCAAACGGCCAAUCAAGGUUUCAGCCGGAACACGAGCAGCGUGUCCCCUCACGGCUACGUUCCCAGCUCAACCCCCCAGCAGAGUGGCUACAGCUCCGCUAGCAUGAACGGCUACGCUAACUCUGGCAUGGCGACCUUGGGCACCUCGCCCAACUUCCUCAACGGAUCUGCCGGCAACUCGCCCUAUGCCAUCGUCCCCUCAAGCCCCACCAUGGCCUCGUCGACCAGCCUUCCCUCCAACUGCAGCAGCUCCUCCGGCAUCUUCUCCUUCUCCCCGGCCAAUAUGGUGUCGGCCGCCGUCAAGCAGAAGAGCGCCUUUGCCCCCGUCGUGCGACCCCAGAACUCCCCCCCGCCCACGUGCACCAGCGCUAACGGGAACAGCCUGCAAGAUCAGUCUUUUGUGGACUCUAGCAAGUACUCAUCAAACAACUCUCUGCAGGGCCUGGCCUUCUCCUGAACAGCGAUUGCCGGGAUGAUCGUUCCACCCAUGUAGAGGGUCUGGGAUGGCUGUAGAUUUGGGAACGUUGAGAGGAGAAGACACAGCGGCAGAGUCUGGCGAGUCUCCGUUGUGCUCUUGGAGCUGAACUGAAGGAAGUCAAGAUAAGACGCAGGACUCGGUUAAACUCAGGCCUUUCCAUCGGGAUUUCGUCUGAAGGAAUAGGGGAGACGAAAAAAGAAAAAAAAAGAAGAAAAAAAAAGGAACAUCACCAACCUUUGUGAUGUUAUUUCGCUCUUGGUUGAAUUAGUGUAGCUUCUCUGACAGCGCGUUGGAUGGAGUGUAUAAAGACUGAUGUGUGACACUGACCUCAUGAAAAGAGCAUUUAUUUAUCGUUAUGUUUAUGCCGGUAAGGUUUGGUUUUGAUUACUGAAAGGCCCCGCAGUCCGUAACUCACACAAACAACAGUUGAAGUGUUGGUUUGGCCAUGAAGUUUACGUAACCUCUGUCACAAUGGAGGGUGCUUUCUUUAGCUCAGCCUGCUCACUAAAACCAUACAACAACACACUGGCCAAACGCAACAGACAAAUACAAAGAGAUAGAAAAAGUCCACCCUCAACUUUUACAAAAACAUGCCUUUCUUCCCCCCCCCCCCCCCCCGGUAUGUUUUUUUUUAGUUUGAAUUUUAACAAAGCUGUGAGGAUUGAGCUGUUUGCAAUAUGCAUUUCUGCUUUUCGUGUGGAGAAAAGGUGAUGAUUUAGCCAAAAUUGACUUUUUGUCUGAGAUUUUAGCAGAGACUUGAAAAAGCCCGGGGAUGUGUGUGUGUCCAGCCAGCACUGUACUGAAGGAGUCUAGUAAAUAUCAAAUUAGAAGAAAAUGCGUGAUAUAUUUUUGUACAUAAAAAGAAAAAGAAAAAAGUUGAAUUUUUCAUUUGAAGUUUAUUUUCUUUUUGCGAUAGCUAUAGUUUGAAAUGUUAACAUUAAAUGUCUUAAGGCAGCUUCUCAGUACAGAAGAUAGAUUUACUGUGUGUUGUCGAUAUCUCAUCCGCUAAACAUGACAAACGUGGAUUUGGAUACAAAAAAGGGGAUUCUGUAAAAUAUCCUAUAAAUAAUGUAUUUAUCCCUUGUAUUUGUACAUUUCCUCUCACCCUUGUUUAGUUGUGUUGUGUAAGUUCAAUACAGUAAGUGAACAUAUUUCACAGCGUUUUGUUUCAUUAUUUACUGUCGUCUCCCACUAUUUAAAUGUGACUUUUAUAUCUUUUAUUUGUUAGUUUUGUAUGUUGACUGUUUUUGCAUCGGUAUACCAUGCUUUCAUUUGUUAAUUCAAAAACAUGCCAUUGUCUAUUUUUGUAUUAUUUGUAAGUUAAUAAAACUUCCGGUUUUUUUUUUUUCCUUAUGAAAAUGUCUAUUGUAAAAGUAGCAUCUUAUUCAGAGUAUUUGGUUGAAGUAGAUUUUAAGAACAUAUACACACAUUAAUAUAUACUGUAAAUCUAUAUCUUUUCGUUUGAGCUCUGAGGCUUUCAGAUUGAUAGUGUUCUUGAACUGAUAAUAUGCAUGGGUUCUUCUCUUGAGUGACACUUUCUUUUUUUCGUGUGUGUGUGUCUGUGUGUGUGUGGAAACCAAGAGAACUAUGAAAUUGCUCUGUGUUUUUCUUUCUUUGAGUCCCCCCCCCCCCCCCCUCUGUUCUUUCUUUUCCUGCGUUAUUUAUGCCUGCUUACAUACUGUAUCUAUAUACUCUUUCUUUUUUUUUCUGUCACUGUAAUCUUUACCAGCAGUCUAGAUGCCUUAACAAUGCAAACCCAUUCUUCAUUCAAUCACGUGUACAGUUUUCUACCCUCACCACAAUUGUCUAUUGCCACAGAGGAAUUCAUGGGAACUUGGGGACAAAGCACAAACCCGUUGUGUUUGGUGGUGGAGCCAGACAAGAAUACAAAGAG